AUGGAUAUUGAGAUUAACCGAAUAGAACAGCAAAGACUCCACUUGUUGGCAAGAAAGUCUACGACUUUGAAACUGGAGGGUGGAAGGGUUGGCAGAUUCAAGCCUGCGUGCACUGAGGCAGGGAGACACCAGGCCUGGUGCGCGAAGUGGGCUCACACUAGGAAAGGAGGGGCUAGGCUCGAAGUGGAGGGAGCUUCUAUAAUGAGGAAUUUGACCUUCUCAAAUAACCUCCUCACUUUAAGCCCUCAUUAUAGCCUUUCCGCGAAGUGGAAGCUUGGAGGCGCUGGCCUUGGUGUGCAACGUGGGCUCGGGCUAGGAGAGGCCGCGCUGGGCCUUGGCGAGAUGUGGGCUUGCGCUGGAGCUGAAUGCAGAAGUGAUGUGGCACGGGCCUGGGCUUGGAGCAGGUUGAAACGCGAGCUGGGCUGUGUGCUGGAUGCUAGUUGGGCCGGAGCCUGCAAGCGUGGGCUUGCUCACUGGGGCAUGAGCUGGACUUUGGGCGCUGGUUGGGCUUGGAGGAGUGGGCAGACUGGGCUGCGUGCUGGCUAG